AUGCCUCCAUCAUCAGAAUCCCAAGACGAUGCUGUUCCGCUCUCUCCCGAUCAUGGAGGACCUCGACCGUACCAACCGUACUGUGUGACUGAGGCCUCAAUAUCGCGUCCCCAGAGUCCAGAUCUACUUACACUGGAACUUCUGCGAGUCGAACAUACUCGUAAGCCGAUUUCCAUCUUGACUUCAACCGACCGAACGCAUCAGGAAAUCGACAUAAACAUUGCUACUUGCAGCUCGUCACCAACAACAACUCCCGCCAGUUCCAACCAAGUAGCAACAUUGGAUACGGGAAGCAAAAGCAAUAUAAGGUCACUAAAGACCAACCGAAAACCACUGUCUGGUAAUACACGGUUGAUUGACUCUAAUCACAUCGCACAAGCUGUCACCCCACGCGGCAGCCACUUGCUAGCUCCAGGAAAGAACCCAUUGUACGACAAAACACUAUCACCGCGGCUGCUACCUAACAAAGAUGUAAAAUCACUGCCAGAUCGAGGAAUUCAAGGCAAAUCUCCCCGGUCAUCAAAUUGGUGGUUGAGGGGAAGCGAGGAAGCACCGCUCCUCGGUUUAAAGGACCAUCAAGGAAGCGAAGCGAAUUCCAACAUUCUUGAGAUUCCUCUUCAUAUUGAACAGGGUACCCAAUCUACGACUGUCGUUGACUCUUAUGACGCUCAGAACGAGGGGCCAUACGUAGAUAUAUUCAGUCCACUUGCAGUCAUGCCUCAAGGCUUCAAUGCUAAUGACACACCGUUCCCGGCACCCGACCUCCUCAAUUCCGGACAUCGAACCUCACCCGCACUAUCCACAACAACAGAGGGAUGGCUACUUCAACAUGCCUUGGAACUUCCUCAAGUCAGCCCUAUCCUGCGAUCGCGUGUUUCUUCUCAAAGCCCCCACGCCUCCGACCUACACCGCUACCACGUGCAAUCCCCAUAUUCCCAAGCACGAGGACUUCCUUCCGAAAUAAAGGAAGACUGGGCGCACCGUCGGACUGAGUCAAAAGAUGCACAGUUGCGUUAUGAAUUCGGCCGCCGACCGUCAUUCAGUCUUGAUCGCCCACCUUCUCCACCUUUACACCAAUCAAUUAACCAUGCGUCUGUUAUGUGCUGCCUAAAAUAUGUCCCAUCCAUAGAAAUCAUGCCAUCUUUACCUGACACAAGCUACAUCCCAUAUGUCCCAUCACUGCCAACAUUCUCUCAUCCCUUACCAGGCCAACAAGCCGGGCCUCGGCCCCCGCCAUGGAUCUCUUUUGAAAAUUUGGAGGCACAGCGACGUCAGCGCGGUGAUGCGCGUGAACGUGCCGAUACUGCGAUGUUGCGCAUGAAGAAGAGCAGUUCGCUGAGUCUGUAUCAGGCAUCUGUGGCGGGGGAUGAGACGAGUCUUGUAAAAGGGGCUUUGUAUCAUGAAGUGGAGGAGUACAGAGUAGCGGUGCUCAGUGUGUAUCCUGACAUGGAUCUUGAUGGAGAAUCUGGGAAGGGAGAUAGGGAGUGUUGUUAUUGUAUUGUCAUGUGA